CCGCCGAUUUACAGCCCAGCCACGGCUCGUCUUCCGAUCCCUUGGCCUUCCCCACAUGAUGCGUGGUCACGUCUUUUUCUUUCUUUUUUUUGUCGUUCCAUUUCUUAAUCCAAAUAAAUGUCUCACUCCUUUUUUCGAUGCCUCCUGCAUGUUGCCGCGUUUCCAUGUCGGCGACAUGGCAGGUGGUUGCACUUGGGAUCCUGGACCUGACACACGUCGCCCAUCAGGGCCAGGCGAGGACGGGAGGGCUCCUCUCGAAGGAACACAGAACCAAGACCCAGACUGAGGAAAAACGGGAAAAUUUGUCCAAAGUCCGAAUCCUACCCUCUGGUCACAUCUCAGUUGAAUACGAACCGGCAUAUAGAAAUUGGCAAUUUUGGAACCGCUUCCGGGGCCCAGAUCGGUCACCCCACUGCGUUGAAUACCAAUCGUCUGGGAGUUUGUAGAUCCUGGAAUGAUACCGUGGAGUGCCCUUUGGAAUGCCAUCGAUCAUCUAACCCGCAAACCCGCUGCUCGGCUGGCAGCCCUCUGAGGGGCUAGCGCGAAAGUGCGUAUCUGCGUUGAGUCUAGAUAACGUCCCUCAAGACUUAGGCUGUACCUACUACCUACCCA